AUUUCGUUUCAUCCACUAUUCCUAACAAAAUCAGCGGAAGUCGGGCACUAGCAGCAUGUCGUCUGUAAACAUUAAUCUGUACAGGCAGCUUUUACGUGAAUUGCACAGGAUUUAUGCGAAAGAUGCCCCAGUUCUUUCCUACAUGAAGGAUCAGUUUCGCAGACAUCAGGUGACGAGUGAGAAGAUAUGUCGUGGUCAGAAUGAGAUGCAGCAUAUGGGGGCCACCUAUCUCUCCUUGUUGCACAACAGGCGUAAACACGAGGAACUCAGCGCACAGUACAAAGGUCACGGUGAGCGCGACCUAGAGUCAAGUGCUCAUUUGGUUGGACUCCGCCUGCCAAAACAAUUUCAACCAAGUGGUGAAGAACCGAUGAAAUGAUGGCAGCGGCAAAAUUUGUGAUAAUGUUUUGAUGUGUUCAGUGCAGAGAUUGUAUGGGUUAGAAAUCAUGCCAGAAUUCACCAUUUAGUCUAGAAAUAUGACUGAGACAAUUUUGUAUGUUACUAUUUGGAGUUUUCCAACUCUUCGAAGAUUAUGCAAGACGAGAAAUGGAUUGUAAAUGCUGCUAGAUCCUGUAUAUAGCCUUAAUACAUUGUUUUUAUUUAAA